AUGACAAUCCACACAGGAGUGAAGCCACACUCCUGCCAAGUCUGUGGUAGGAGAUUUAAACUGAAAUCAAUACUAACUGUUCAUCAAAGAAUCCACACAGGCGAGCGGCCGUACGUCUGUGACAUCUGCGGAAAAAGAUUCAAUCAAAAGUCCAUACUGAACGUUCACAAGAGAAGCCACUCCAGCGAGAGGCCUUAUUCCUGUGAUAUCUGCAGUAAAACUUUCAAGCAGAAAUCAAAACUGGAGGUUCAUAACAUUUUGCACACAGACCUUCUGCACCCUAAGGACCUAAUCUCUCCACGAAUGAAAGAGAAACAGCUUGAACCGAGACAGCAGACUGACGGAUUGGUCCCGCCUCGUCCAUCCUACGAAGGAUACCGCUGUGUCGUUCACAUUCCCCGUCUGGAUCCUGCUGGAUCUCAAAGGGCUUCAGAGGAACAGUCAAUAGACGCCGUAUCAGAUCACGAAAGAGACAAGCAAGGACAAGAGAGAAGUCACAAGAUCAAGGAGUAUAAUCCCAGCAUUGUAAAGACCCCUCUUAAUUCUCAUAAAGCUAAACGGCGUGAACAUAAAUGUGACACUUGUGGGAAGACAUUUAAUUUCAGAUCCAAAUUGAUCACGCACAUGACAAUCCACACAGGAGUGAAGCCACACUCCUGCCAAGUCUGUGGUAAGAGAUAUAAUCGGAAAUCACUUCUAUCCGCUCAUGAAAGAAUCCACACAGGCGAGCGGCCGUACAUCUGUGACAUCUGCGGAAAAAGAUUCAAUCAAAGGUCCACACUGAACGUUCACCAGAGAACCCACACGGGCGAGAGGCCGUUCCCCUGCGAAACCUGCGGCAAACACUUCACUCAGAAAUCAGCUCUGACCUUACACCAAAAAAUCCACACGGGUGAGAAACCGUUUUCUUGCCCAACAUGUGGUAAACGUGUGAUGAGUAAAUACGCAUUGUUGUCUCACAUGAGAAUGCACACAAAAAGAGUUGUACUCCUGUAG